AUGUCAUACUAUGAGCAUAUCCUCUUUGAGUACGAGUACAAUGACACAAGUUCUGGCUCUGGUUCUGGUGAUAUUGGGGUGGAUCUGGAGGAGCCUUGUGAAGUGGAGCACCUGAUGACGUCUGACUUUCAGCAGGUCUUUUUGCCUGUGGUCUAUGCUCUGAUUUUCCUCCUGGGCAUCACUGGAAACGGUCUGGUGGUCUUUGUUCUGGGCUGCCAGCGCAGGUCGAAAUCCAGCCUCACUGACCGGUACCGGCUUCACCUCUCAGCUGCCGAUCUGCUCUUUGUGCUGGCGCUUCCAUUCUGGGCGGUGGACGCAGCACUGGCUGACUGGCGCUUCGGUGCAGCCAGCUGCGUUGGUGUACAUGUGAUUUACACGGUCAACUUGUACGGCAGCGUGCUUAUCUUGGCUUUCAUCAGUUUGGAUCGAUACCUAGCAGUGGUCCGAGCUACAGACACCAACACGGGUGGCUUGAGGCAGAUGCUGGCACACAGAUUGGUCUAUGUUGGUGCAUGGUUGCCAGCUGGUCUACUGGCCGUUCCUGACUUGAUAUUUGCCCGGACACAAGAAGGAGGCGAGGGAAGCACCCUCUGCCAAAGAUUUUACCCAGCGGAAAAUGCUCCUCUCUGGGUGGCAGUCUUUCACCUGCAGCUCGUCCUCGUGGGCCUAGUGAUCCCGGGUCUGGUGCUCCUGGUGUGUUACUGCGUCAUCGUCACCAGGCUGACUCGAGGCCCUCUCGGUGGCCAAAGGCAGAAGCGACGAGCAGUGAGGACCACUAUUGCGCUGGUGCUCUGCUUCUUUGUGUGCUGGCUGCCCUACGGAGCUGGCAUUUCUGUGGACGCAAUGCUGCGUUUGGAGGUUCUUCCCCGUAGCUGCAACCUGGAAGCGGUCCUGGGCGUGUGGCUGGCGGUGGCAGAGCCAAUGGCGUUUGCUCAUUGUUGCUUAAACCCGCUGCUUUAUGCCUUCCUGGGCGCAGGUUUCAAGAAUUCAGCCCGCAGAGCCUUAACUCUGAGCCGAGCAUCCAGUUUGAAGGUUUUACCGAGAAGACGCAACGGGGCCUCAACAACCACUGAGUCGGAGUCAUCCAGUUUGCACUCUAGUUAA